GGAUCAUCUUAGAGACCGUGACUAAUCUUCACUUCUGCUCCUCCUAUCGUGGAUAUUGUGUUAAAUCGUGGGCUUCAAGUUGCAAUGCCCAUCCUCUAAUAUGUCCUCGAGCUUCACUCCAAGUCACAAAGCAAAGCUCUUGCGAACGCCCUCGUCAAGAGCACUCAAUUGGAGCAAUUCAAUAGAAAUCUGCUCACAGAAAUCGGAUUAUACAUGGUCGGCAUGCAUGGCGUCCCCAACGAGUCAACAAGGACCUGAGGCAUCACACAACUUUCCUGUCGCUUGAAAUAUAUGGAGGGGACAAGACCCUCAGUGACAUGAGAGAUAUGAUGUAAACCUUAUAGUCAGCGGGCUGUUGACCAAGCACUCCCGCCCGAAGAAACACGCAUCUCCGCAUCAGGGAGCGACAUCCCAAUCUCAUGCACGGCGACACGAAGAGUACACCUCGAGGGAGACCGCAGUACGAACCGCUGGGGGGAGGGGCGGGUCGCAGCGAGCAUGCGAAGCACCCGAAGGUGACGAUGAGCAAGCUGGGACGGCGGGCACCGGACGAGAUGGCCGAUGACCGAAAUGAAGCGUGCUGAUUUUUGAAGUUCAUCUAAACAGCUUAAUCAGCUUGACCACCUGAGUGGGUCGUCUGUUAGAUGCCAGUGGCCGGGUUGCGACGUUCAUCGCUAAGGACGUGAGAAACGUGGGCUGCUAUGCUCAGGUAGGCGGGUCAAUUGGAGAGUGUGUCUGCUCCUGUUUCCUGCUCUUUGCAGCUUGUAUCGACGGAUUCUGUGCCAGACAGAGAGAAGCCAUGCGCUUCACUUCAAGUUGUCAUCCUGUGCUGCUGGACUUUGAUCGGUUCAUCGGACAUGCGCAGGCCGCGUGCGCGGGUGACCGAGCUUCGAGACAGUCGCGAUGUCAAUCCCUCAUGAUAUGCCUCGGGCGUGCGCGGCCGAUGGUCAUGUAAGGAUAUUCGUAACUGGGUCCAAUUGUCUGCUAUUCAGGUUUACGAAGUAGCCCAACAUGAUUGUCAAUCGAUGCUCGGCUGAUGCUCGUGGAUGCGAUCUAUUUCCGUAAACACACACCUUAUCUUGCAAGCCUUCAAGUGAUGCUUGCUCCAUCUCGCUCCCCCCAUGGCUGCAAUCUCACACAUUUCAGAGCUUCCCGGCUCCUUCCCAGCUCUUGACUCGGUCUCCGCUUUCGAAGCCACAGAAGCACUCGAUGUCGCACGAUCUGUGGCUCCUGCGAUUAUCGAGAUACUCUCCAAUCCCACAGAAACUGCGAUCAACCAACUCUUCCUUCCGGAUGCCUUUUGGCGCGAUCAAGUCUCGCUUUCAUGGUCCCUGCGCACGUUCCAUCCCACCACUGCGAUCGCACAAGGCGUCGUCCCGCUCCUCAAGCGCGCAGACAUCGACGCUUCCUCUAUCUCUUUGCUGGAAGAGCAGGUUCUUCCGGUCGAUCUACCCAACGGCAUCUCGCUCGUCCGGAUUCCGUUCACAUUCCGGACUCGCACGCCCGCAGCGGAUGCGAAUGCCGUUUUCAAAGUCGUGCGCGUGAAGACGGGCGAGAUCAAAGUCCUCACAGUCACGACCGCGCUUCAAGCGAUUGAUGCGGCGCCGUGGCUGGCUGGCUUUCCGCCUGCUGCGGUCUCUUACGAACGUCCUCAGUCCAUGCCGAGCGCGGUGGAUGUUCUGGUCGUUGGUGGCGGACACGGGGGACUGAGCGUGUCGGCCUACCUGAAAGCCCUCGGUCUGAACUUUGCGACGGUCGAGAAGCAGGCAACUAUCGGUGACAGUUGGGCCAAGCGAUAUGAUAGCGCUACUCUCCACACGAUCCGUCUGUUCAGCGGCCUUCCCUUCGUUCCGUUCCCUGAGGACUACCCUCAAUUCGUCCCAGCCAAGCUGGUAGCCGCCUAUUACAACAUGUAUGCGCGCGAUCUGCAACUCCCGGUCUUCACGUCACGCGAAUGCACUCAAGCCGUAUUUGACGAUGAAACUCAGCUGUGGACGGUCACGAUCGAGGGCCCCAAUGGAGUGGAGAGAGUGAAGGCGCGCAGUCUGAUCUUCUCGGUUGGUGUCGGUGGCCGACGGCCCGUGCUGCCCGACGUCCCGGGACGAGAAUCAUUCGCAGGCGAGUGGAUGCACUCUGCGUCGUACACCGAUGCAUCGAGCUGGGCCGGUAAACGCGUUGCCGUCGUUGGCGCAAGCACGACCGCCUGUGAUGUCUCGCACGAUGCGUCUCGCGCUGGAGCCGAGGUCACCAUGAUCCAGCGGAGCGCGACGCGCAUCUACCCGCAGUCGCACAUCGCUGGGAUGCAGGAGAUCUUCUGGAACAAGGAGAAUAGCACGGAGUUGGCGGAUAUCAUCUCUACGGAAGACCCUGUCGUUCUGCAGGCGGCGUUGAGCCAGUUGGUGCUCGGACGGUUCAGGGAUGCGCAUGAUCCCGCGUUUUACGACAACCUGCGCAAGGCAGGCUUCCUCAUGAAGGUCGAUGGGCCUGUCCAUCAGCCCCGACAGCAAGUCUAUGUGCAAAGUGGUGGUCAUUAUCCUGAUAUUGGAGCCUGCGCAGCUAUCAGCAACGGUGAAAUCAAAGUGAAGUCUGGCACGGCUGUCGUCGAGGUAACCUCGUCCGGACUGGUCUUUGCAGACGGAUCAAAAUUGGACGUGGAUGUCAUCGUCUACUGCACGGGUUUCGAGAAGGAUAUGCGCAGGUCCAUCUCUGAUAUCGUGCAGAAGGACCUAGCCAGCGGUUUGGAGCCUGUCUGGGGCCUCGAUGCCGAAGGUGAAGUCCGCGGAGUCUGGCGCCCGACCGGACACGACAAGUUGUGGGUCCAUGGUGGAGAGUUACAGACGAUGCGAUACUACGGACGGUUUCUUGCCCUGCAAGCCGCUGCAGAGCUGGCUGGUGUGCGACCGGUUCCAGCAAGACGUUCCUAGGUCGAGCAGAGAGGGGAUGAUCUACAACGACGCUUUAUCUUCCGUACUCUGGGGUCGUUUAAGUCGUUUACAUUCGAAGUCAAGACGUGACUGUGGCUGACAGCCGGGGCUGAGAUUAUCAUAUUCCUCACGUGAUCAGAUCCGACCUGGAGCCGGACGCUGGUAUGAAGCGGCAGAAUAGUGUUCAUUUGAAGCACUCGAGGGAUAUGAUCAGCAUCUAGAGUAGAUAUGAACUUCAAUCUCUCUGACAGGAACGAUAUCUAUGAAGCGUUCAGCGUUCCCGUCGUCAGUCGAACUGUAAGUGGGGCCGGAGGUCGUACUAUAAGACCGUGCGAAUCCGGAUCUUCUUCGCCCGCGGAACUUUCAGCCUGUGACGUGCGCAUGGAAUGGAGAUCAUUCAUUGUCCUCGCUCGAUAAAACUGAUUGGGGUGCUAACCUCGUUGAGCCUGCGUGUGCCAUCGAUCCCCUGUCUACUCUCCGUGUGGUAUCGGCAACGUGUAGAUUGAGUUUGAUAGUCUCGAAAGUUUGUACUGAUUGUCUGGACCACACAUUCCUCGAUGGUCUUCUAUCAGCGCCGGUGGACCCUGACUCGUUCGCGAAGAUCAGGCGACUCUUGGAGUGCACGCCAAAUUUUCCGCAGCAGCAUGAGUUCCUAUUCUGUGUGAAUAUGAAAAAGUUUGGCAAGUUUGCGCUGGUUUUGUAGCUACGGUAGAACAUCAUUCACAACAGGGCAGGCCUGAGAGUUGUAGAUGCUCAAUGGGAUUAGAUCUGAC